AUGACAUAUAACAAAGUUGUAAAAAUGAAUAAUAAUGAAAUAAAAAUUAUCGAAAAAGAGUACGAAAAUUUUUAUGAUAAAUUCUCCUAUAUAAAUGAAAAUACAUUUUGCUUAAAUAUAGUUAUAAAUGAUGAAACCGAAGAAAGAUCAAGAAGUUUAAGAGAAAAUAAAAUUUUAAAACUUAUUAUUAAAUUUCAUUGUGGUUAUUUUGAGGUACUGAACAAUGAAUUAAAAAAAGACGAUAACAAAACUUUUGAUAACAUUGAACAGAUUUUUAAUACAUUUUGUCCCUUAUCAUUUAAAAAAUUUAUUACUCAAAGAGUAAGAGAUAAAUUAACUGCGUCCUAA